AUGGCGGCGUCCAGUGAAAAAACAUGGACCGAGCUUCCAGUAAAACUUAGUGCUCAUGUGACUGAUACGCUGACAGAUCUGAAAUUCAAAUAUAUGACGCCUGUUCAGGCUGCUUGUAUACCAGCUUUUAUGGGAAACAAGGAUGUAGCCGUUGAAGCAGUAACAGGAAGUGGUAAAACCUUGGCAUUUCUCAUACCUGUAUUGGAGUUGUUACUAAAAAGAACAGAAAGGCUUAAAAAAAGAGAGAUCGGUGCUAUAAUCAUCACACCUACAAGGGAGCUAGCUCUACAAAUAGAUGAAGUAUUAUCAGAAUUUGUUAAACGGAUUCCCAAAUUGAAGACAUUGUUGUUGAUAGGAGGAACAAAUCCAAUAAUAGAUGUCAAUAAAUUCUUAGAUAUAGGUGGUAAUAUAAUAACCGCAACUCCCGGUCGGUUGGUAGAUUUAUUCCAUCGAAAGCAGGAUGGUAUAGAUUUGGCAUCUUAUGUACGAACUUUGGAAGUAUUGGUGUUGGAUGAAGCAGACAAACUACUAGACUUAGGAUUUGAAAACAGUAUUAAUGAAAUAUUAAGUUAUAUGCCAAAACAAAGACGGACUGGUUUAUUUUCGGCAACACAGACUGACGAAGUUGAGAAACUGAUCCGUGCUGGGCUGAGAAACCCAGUUAGAAUCACUGUAAAAGAGAAACAAACAAAAUCACAGGUAAUGCAAUUCUUUGAGUCUAUCACAUUUUCCCCAAAUUUUAGGGUUACACAAAGAACACCAUUUUUAUUAAAAAAUUACUACUGGAGUGGUGUCAUGGUGUGUACAGAUGUCAUGGCCAGGGGUAUUGAUAUAUUGGAUGUUGAAUGGGUGAUACAGUAUGACCCGCCGACGUCAGCCACUGCAUUUGUGCAUCGCUGUGGCAGGACUGCUAGAAUUGGUAAAGCUGGCAAUGCUUUGGUGUUAUUGACUCCCAAUGAAGACACGUACAUAGAAUUUAUUGCUAUUAACCAGCGGGUUCCUCUUCAGAAAUGCGAUGCCUUGGAAGAUUUAGAAGUUGUUGAUGUUUUAGAAAUAUUAAAAAAAAUGUCAAUGAAAGAUAGGGCAGUUUUUGAGAAAGGCACGCGAGCGUUUGUGUCUUUUGUACAGUUCUACUCAAAACAUGAAUGCAAACUUAUAUUCAGGGUCAAAGACCUUGAUUUUGGUAGGCUAGCUAGGGGGUUUGCUCUUCUAAAGCUCCCCAAAAUGCCUGAGUUAAAGGGUAAGAAUGUGAGUGGAUUUCAGUCGGUCGAUAUGGAUUACAAUUUACUUAAAUACCAAUUCAAUGGUAAAAAUAAGGAGUGCCAAGUUCAAGAACAAUCUGUACCAUGGUCAAAACAGAAAGAGAAAAAAAAGAAGAAACAAGAACGAAAAUUAAAAAAAGAAAGAAAAAGAAAACAUCAGUUUGAUGACGAAGACUUGAAUGAUCUCUCAAAAGAUAUAAGAUUAAUGAAGAAACUAAAAUCUGGCAAGAUUUCCAAAGAGCAGUUUGAUGAACAGUUUGAAGAAACGAACAAAGAAUAAUUAUAUAUUUGAUUUUAAAUUAUACCAUCCCUGAUCAUGUAUAUGUAUACAGAUUUUAUUAUUUUAAAUAAAAGC